AAUUAAGCGUAGUGAUUUUAAAGAGUAUGACUUCGCACUAUUUUCUGUCGCACAUGAAUAAGCUGUGAGUUGAUCAGCAUACACUUCCGUUAAGAUGGCUAAAACGACAAAGCUUACUGACGAUCAGAUAUUUGAUCUGCAGGAGACGUUCAACCUGUUUGACAACAGGGGAGAUGGGAAGAUCUAUGCUGGAGAAAUUGGCAAUGUCCUCCGUGCCAUGGGACAGAACCCAACUGAGGCCGACGUCAAGAAGUGCGUCUUCCAAGAGGAUCCAGACCAGAGGGUCAGUUUUGAGCAGUUCAUCCCCAUUCUACAGACUGUCAUGAAAAACCAGGACACAACCACAGCAGAGGACUUCAUAGAGGGGUUCAAAGUAUUUGACAAGGACCAGAACGGUUUUAUUGGAUCAGCUGAACUGAGACAUCUUUUGUCUUCACUAGGUGAGAAAUUAAGUGAUGAGGAAGUGGAGCAACUGCUGCAGAACAUGGAGGACUCACAAGGAAAUGUUAACUAUGAAGAAUUUGUGAAAAUGGUAAUGGCUGGCUAGGAGAGACUCUAGUACAAUAGUUCACAAACUGAUCUUAAGAAAAAUAAAAUGACAGUGCGCUUAACCUCAUCCUCUUAAGCAUAACCUAAAAGAAUAUCUCCUCCAGUCUACUGGCAAAAUGGUUAUCCUACAGAAUCAGUCCUGUUUAGACUAGCAGCAAACCAAGCUUGUCAGCUUACAGCAAAUUGGGAAUACUGUGUACGACCUUGGUUCGUGUAGUGUUUACACUUAUAAUGCUGCACAGAAGAAGAUAUUUACUGGAUGUAUGGCAAUGGAUGGAAUUCAAACUAUUUGCAGUGUGACUGUUUGGUUAAGAAGAAAACAGAAGUUGAACUUAAAGUUACAAAAUAUAUGCUAUUGAUGAAAAGGCAAAGAAAUUUGAAAAAAAAAUAACAAAUGUAGUUGUACGAAGCAUUUUAACAGCAUGAGAUGAGAAAAUCUUGAUGUUUUAUCAAACUUGGCUGCAAAUAAUGUCUGUAGGCCUGGUGAAUUUUAUGGAAAGAUUACCGUUUAUUGCUUUUACAGUCUCCCUCUUGCAACAGUUAAGCAACUUUUCACCCAUGUAAACUUUAGAAGAAAUAUUUUUACAUCUAAUGCAUCUGUAUUAAAUUUUAUACUAUAACGCUGUGUGUAUGAAAACUGGUAGGAGAUAUGGUUAAGUUUAGAAGAAAAACUCGAGAUGCUGGUGGAUUAUUUCCCAGCAUGUAGUUUUUGAGUGAUUGAUGAGUUACUAACAUUCCUUUGUUAGCCAAUAUGUGAAUAUUUAUGAGAUGAGGGUGCAAAUACAUUAUAGGUCUCUAUAACCACGUAUUUAUAGCUUCCCAAACUAUCUGAGCUCGGAAGAGAUAUUGUCAUAGAGUGACAUUAAUAUUAUUUGUUAGAACAUCAAAUAAGGAGAUUUAUCUCUUAAUAAAUGUUUCAAGAGAUAAAAUGUUAUUAUUCAAAGUGA